UGAGGAGAAGGCAUCUGCUGCUGCGGCAGCCGAAAUCCUCAGGAAGUCUCCGAAGCUCGGAAUUAGAGAGGAUUAAGAGUGGUUUCUGCAGAAGUCAAUGCAUUGUAGGAUCUAGAAGGACCUUCUCUAUCCAGAGGACAGCAGAUCGCGUGUGAACCUCCAGCUACAGAAUGCUCCUUCCCAGACUGCUGAUGGGAUUACAAAACGUUAAUUGAAUCUUGGAGACAGGGAUCUCAAACAGGACUUCUCUCUCCCCACCCCAUGCAAGACAAUGUCCUUGAUGUUUGGAAAACCAAGAGCUCUCAAUGUUUCUAACUUCUCCGCCACUAAUGAACGCAACGUGCACUCCGAAUGUAACCUUGUCCUUCUGGGAUGUCGCGGGGCUGGCAAAUCAGCUUUAACUGUCAAGUUCCUCACAAGACGUUUUAUAAGUGAAUAUGAUCCCUUCUUAGAGGACACAUAUACAUCAGAGGAGAUUGUAGACCAGCAUCCAAUUCUUGUAAGGGUUAUGGACACAGCUGAUCAGGAAGGGCCUGUGAAUCCCGAGCGGUAUUUGCACUGGGCAAAUGCUUUCCUGGUAGUGUAUAGCAUUGAUAACAAGCAGAGUUUUGAGGGCUGCUGCCAGUACUUGGAUAUUAUUUCUCAUUAUAACAAAGGAGCGCUGCACGAGAGCCCAGUUCUGCUCCUGGGGAACAAGCUGGACAUGGAGAGAUACAGACAGGUCAGCAAAGCCGAUGGUUCAGCUCUAGCUAUGCGCCAUGGGUGUCUUUUUCGAGAGGUAUCAGCCUGCCUGGAUUUCCGGUUGGUACAGCAGGUUUUUUACGAUGCCAUACACGAAGUAAGGAGAGAAGCAGAGAAGUCAGCCACUAUAAGACGGCCACUAUACAUCAGUGAGGAGAGAGCUCUGCUUGGGCUGCCUCCCACCUCAUCCUCUGCAUCUUCCACACGUCAUGGUGUACCCACCCUCAGCACGCUCUCCCCGCUCAGCUACAAGGAGAUUCCUUCUGUUGCACAAGCCAAACUAGUCACCGUCAAGUCUUCCAGGGCACAGAGCAAACGCAAAGCACCAACCUUGACACUUCUCAAAGGUUUCAAGAUAUUCUAACUCUGGGAGCCUACAAUUAUGGAUCUCACAACAGAUAUAAGAGGACAAGUUUAUCAUGUGUUUAGGCUGACAUGUUUAGUCUGUGAAAGAUACAACGAAGAAGCUUUAAGUAGUACUUCUGAAAAAAAAGCUUCCAACCCUGUCCACGUUUGCGUAUUUAUUCCUCAGCAACAGUUCAUUUUCUAACUGAAAGACCAGUCAAAGAACACAAUGUUCAGGCUAACGCAAGGUUCCAGCCUUCUGAUCUUCGGACACAAUGUGCUUGUUCAUCUGUUCUUUGUAACAACAGCCCCCAGAUGAUACAAUAUCUAAUUGUGAGGAAGGAUUGUUCCUUAAGAAUACAUAGUACCAGACUAAAUCACGAAACCGCGACACACUGUUUCAGAUGUGCCAAGAACUAGAUUUGAUAAAAUAUACUGUUUUUGUGAUACAGCUUGCUCUGAAAA